CAAUAAUGACGUAGAAGCAAUUUGACUCUGAUAUUGUGCUGGGAUACAGUCAGGAGCAGCUUGAAGGUCCUCUCUCUGCCCUGGCUGCAGCCAGUGUUGACCUGUCAGACAGCAAGUGGCCCCAUGGAGGACAUGGAGGAAGAGCGUGUGGCCCCAGAAGGCCCUGACAUGGCCCCUGUGGAGGAGGAAUCUCUCUUUAGUAACUUGGACAUAUUCCUUUUUUCUCUCAUUGUUGGCCUACUCAUCUACUGGUUCCUCUCUCGCAAGAAGACGGAGGAGGCCAUCCCAGAGUUCAAGAGGCUCACUCCUGUAGUCACUCCACAGCGAGAAACCAGCUUUAUUGAGAAAAUGAAGAAAACGAACAGGAACGUGGUGGUGUUCUAUGGCUCUCAGACGGGCACGGCUGAGGAGUUUUGCGGCCGACUGGCCAAAGACGCCCAGCGCUACGGAAUGAGAGGCAUGUCAGCUGACCCCGAGGAAUAUGACAUGUCGGAGCUGCCUCGUCUUGCAGAGAUCGACAACUCCCUGGCUGUGUUCUGCAUGGCGACCUAUGGGGAGGGGGACCCCACAGACAACGCUCAGGACUUUUACGACUGGAUGCAGGAGACCGACGAGGACCUGAACGGAGUCAACUUUGCGGUGUUUGGCUUGGGGAAUAAAACAUAUGAGCACUUCAAUGCAAUGGGAAAGUAUACAGACAAGAGACUAGAAGAGCUGGGUGGCAAGAGGAUCUAUGACCUGGGAAUGGGAGACGAUGAUGGCAACCUUGAGGAAGACUUUGUAUCAUGGAAGGAGCAGUUCUGGCCUGCUGUGUGCGAGCACUUUGGGGUGGAGGCCACAGGAGAUGACACCAGCAUCCGGCAGUACGAGUUGGUGGUUCCAACUGACAUCAACAUGAAUAAGGUGUACACUGGGGAGAUGGGUCGCCUCAAGAGCUUUGAGACCCAGAAACCGCCUUUCGAUGCUAAGAACCCCUACUUGGCCACAGUGGCUGUCAACCGCCAGCUGAACCAAGCCGGCGACCGCCAUCUGAUGCAUCUAGAGCUGGACAUCUCAGGCUCCAAAAUCAGAUAUGACUCUGGAGACCACAUUGCUGUUUACCCCGUUAAUGAUGUGUCAAUAGUGAACAGAAUAGGCCAAAUCCUGGAUGCCGACUUGGACACUGUUAUCUCUCUCAACAACCUUGACGAGGAGUCCAAUAAGAAGCACCCGUUCCCAUGUCCGACCACAUACCGCACGGCUCUGACCCACUACCUGGACAUCACCAACCCCCCUCGCACCAACGUACUGUUCGAGCUGGCCCAGUACGCCACCGACCCCAAGGACCAGGACACCCUGCGCAAGAUGUCCUCCGCCUCCCCCGAGGGCAAGGGUCUGUACCAGAGCUGGGUGCUGGAUGCUCAGAGGAACAUCCUGGCUGUGUUAGAGGACAUGCCGUCCCUCCACCCUCACAUAGACCACCUGUGUGAGCUGCUGCCCCGCCUCCAGGCCCGCUACUACUCCAUCGCCUCCUCUGGCAAGGUGUAUCCCACCAUGGUGAGCAUCUGUGCAGUGGUGGUGGAGUUCCAGACCAGCACAGGGCGGAGCUUCAAGGGCGUGGCCACAAACUGGCUGAAGAACAAGGUGGUGGAGACGGACAACGGCCACAAGGCCACUGUGCCCAUGUACGUCCGCAAGUCCCAGUUCCGGCUUCCCUUCAAGGCCAGCAACCCGGUGGUAAUGAUCGGGCCCGGCACAGGCAUCGCCCCCUUCAUGGGCUUCCUCCAGGAGAGAGGCUGGAUGAAGGAGCAAGGGAAGGAUGUCGGCGAGACGAUACUGUACUUUGGCUGUCGCCACAGAAACGAGGACUUCCUGUACCAGCAGGAACUGGAGGAGUUUGAGAAGGCAGGCGUGCUGACUCAGCUCAACGUGGCCUUCUCCAGAGACCAGGAGGGGAAGGUGUACGUGCAGCAUCUCCUGAAGAAGAACAAGGAACAUCUGUGGAAGCUGAUCCAUACUGACAAUGCUCACAUCUACAUUUGUGGGGAUGCUCGGAACAUGGCGCGGGACGUGCAGAACACCUUCUAUGACAUCGCUGAGGAGGUGGGAGUCCUCACACACACACAGGCUGUGGCCUACAUCAAGAAGCUGAUGACCAAGGGCCGCUACUCUCAGGACGUGUGGAGCUAAAGAAGAUGAAGCUUACUUACCAGCACGCCCUCACAUCCCCCUAGAUGUUAACCUAUUUCAUUUGGGUAAGGGGUGGAGGAGGGUGAGUGGGAACGGUAAACACCUUUUGAACAGUUUUUGGAGGUAACGCGUCAGCACAUAAUCUUUAGAUGGAAAGAUAUAUGUCUGAAUGUUUGUUGUCCUUUAUUAUUGGUUUGGUUUGUAAUCUUACUGAGCCUUUUGUGGAGACUCGUACUGAGAGGUAGUGCUGAUAAUUUAGGAUUGUUUGGGAAUGGGCUCAUACUCUAACUUGACCCCUAACCCCCAGGCCUUUCAUGUAGAUUUGGUCCACAUUCUCCUUUAAGGUUAUGGAAGAAAAUAUAACUAUUUUUUUAUAACAUUAAGAGUGCAGGCAGACCUUCAUUUUUGCCCAUCAGAUUAGAAAAGUUGAAGAUAAUAUACAUUAAAUGUUGCACAAUGUUUUUGUAAGUAAAACUAGGCGAAAACAGAGGUGAUUAUGAUAUGAAAUAUUGCGUCAGGACGUUUAUCAUGCUGUGAAGAUCCCCACAAGGCGUUUUUUCUUGUAUAUUAACUAAUUUGACGUCUAAGGCAUUGAAAGCAUUCUAUAUUUGCCGUCUGUGAAUGUAUUUACAAAUUCAACAUGGCCGGCUAUUCAGAUGCCCUAGGAAGGUUGUGUAAAUACAGAGAGCAGAGCAAGAUUAGAGUAAAAUAUGCAUACUUGUAGCACAUUCAUAUUGUACCAUGUACUGUUAAAUUUGUACAUUUAAAUUCCAGUAACUAUUUAGUCAU